AUGGUUUUUCAUUGGAAUGAUGUUUCCUCUGCCUGCAACUCCCAUGCAACUCCAGAUGCUAGUGGUUAUGGAUCUUCGGAUAUGAAACAAGAUCGCAAAGACUCGAAAGAUUUCAAAGAUUCUAAAGAUUCCAAAGAAUCUAAAGAAACACCAGAUUCAAGCUUUAACUUUGGCUCAAGUGCCAUUUCUCAUUACAUCCUGUAUAUAAAUGGAAUUGAAACAGUUGCAAUCAAUGGCCAGCAACACAAAUGUACCUUAGAUGGUUUACAACCGGGAACCAAUUAUCAAAUUGAUCUAGUUGCCUUCAAUAUGGCUGGUUUCAGAUCACGCAGUUCCCCUAUCUAUGUGAAAACAUCUGCCAAACCGAUUAAAGACUCUAAUAUGCAGAGCUUAGAAAAUCCAGACAAUGUCAUCAAAUGUCUUCUACAUGAACAAGAAAGAGCAUCACUGAUUAGAAAUGACCCCUUCAAGGCAUCUAUAACGAAUGGAAGAUCAAGAAGCGGAACAAUUGAAGGCGCACAUCAGAAUAGCAACCACAAUAGCAAUGGUAGCCAUCAUCACAAUGAGAACACAAACUCUCCAAAGACGAAGCAUCCUCAUUUGAUCGAUGAUAUAAAUGAACUAAAAUGGAUUCUCGAAAGUGGUUUAGAGGAGGUGCAAUCUUUAAUGAAAUCCUACAAAGAAGCAGAACAAGAAUUUGAAGAGGAAGAAAUUAAUUUGAUUUCUGCACGCAAUGAAGCUAGAGAAAGACGAAAGUACGAGGAUAAUAAUAGAAUGAAUUUACGUCAAGAAAUCAAACUGUUGGAGGAACAACGUGUGAAGGGUACAGGUAGAAUAUCUGCUGAUGAAAAGAAAAUCAAGGAACGACUGAAGAAAAUAGAAAAUUACAAUUCUCAGAUAGAGAAGUGGAGAUUAGAAAUUGAACAUAUGAAAAAGAAAAGAGAAUACCUUUUUAAAGAAAAUCCAGAAGUUCUCAAAAAAUUAGAACAAGAUAUUGUGACGUUAAACAAGGAAAUAUUUUCCUCUCAGACUGAGGUUCAUGAAGCAGAAGAUGAAUUACGCGAUGAAAUUGCUCAGCGUAAACUGUUAGAGAAUCAAAAGGUUACAGUGAUACAAUUAUUCGAAGAGAUCAAUAAAAAUAUUAACGAUGUUACUGGGUUGUUGAGUGCUGAAGGAAUGGAAAGUUUAAACAGAUUAAUGGAAUUGAAACCAGAAUGGAAAGAGGAGCUAUUACGGGAAGUAGUUGAAAUAGAUGAAAAGGCAGAAUCUGAUUGGAAAGCUUUGCAGCAAAAAGAGUGGAUAAACUUCAACAAUAUGAAAAAUGAAAUUGAUGAACAAAAUAAACUCUCACUUUUGAAGGGAGCACCAAAUACCUCUUUGGGCGUGAAUGGUGUUUCUGCUGGGAUCUCAUCAAAUGGACUUGAAGGGAAUGGGAAUGCAACUACGGCUACAAAUACUACAAACGUGAAUGGCUACCUCUAUAAUUCAAUGCCCUCUUCAAGCAACAAUACUGUCAAUAGUUACAAUAAUUUGGCGUUCAACUCUAAUUCUAUGCGUAGUAUGAUACGUCCCGGUGUAAGUUCAAGUGGCUCUUUCCAUGGAACCGAGGGGCUACCUGAGAAGCCUAGUUUGCCAAAUGAUUCUGGCAACAAUACCUUUAAUUCAUCCAACAAUGCCAACAUAUGGCCGCUGAAUUUAUCGUUAGAUUCCAGUGGUCGGAAUAUGAUCAACCCUACAACCGAUUCACUCGAUACUACAACUGUUGACAUGCUUCUUCCUCAAAAUCUGAUUGAUGGCGAAGAUUUUGAUCAGCUUUUUGAAACACAAUCGAAACACCAACCUAAUAAUGAAGAUCCGAUUAUGUCUCCUUCAUUAUCGGUGAGAGGUCUGAAUAAACUGCCCGCAUCUUCUGCUUUGGGCAAUAGCACGAAUUCUGUUUCUCCUAAUAUUUCACAAUUGAAUAAUUUUGACGUAUACCAGGGUGGUAGUCUUAAUGGCCUGGUGCUGAAUUCUACCCCUCAGGCUAAUAAGGUAACUUCUUUAAGUGCUAUUGCUAGCGGGAACAACCAAAAUAGUAUGAUGGGUAACUCUGCUCCGCUUAAUAUGAUUGGUUCGCCUCAGUCCUUGAACGCUUAUCUUGCAAAUUCGGAUAAUGGACUUUCUUCUAAUUUGCUAGACUUAGGACAAGCAGCAACAACUUCCCCAUUCAGCUCUAACGCCGCAAUGAAUUUGGGUUUGAAUGGCAAUACAGCCAAUGGUUCUGAUAUGGAUCCAUCAAACGUUGCAUUUAACUUGGGCUCUAAUAUUGGCGAGUCCAACAAUCAUUACUCCAAGAUUUUUGGGUCCCUAAAUGGACCAAGUAAUGCCACUUUGAAUGAUAACGGAAACGCAAACCUGGAUUUUUCCCUGUCGAGAGCAAGAAGUACAAGUUUUGGCUCUAGCAUUUGGAGUAACGGAAAUAGUGGUAAUGCCAGUAAUAAUGGUACAGGAACUUGGGGCUCGAAAAAUAAGGCUAAGGGCUUCUCAUUUUUAGGUGCUCCUAUUACGAUGUCGUCAACAUCUGCCGGAGGUUCCCAGUCAGGACUGGGAUACUCUAAAAAUCAUACGAUUAUGUCGUCUUUGAAAAAUGAUGAGACCAAUGAGAAGGAAAGACUGCAGGUGAAGGAUGAUUUGUCUUCAUUGCAUAACGACUCUAACAGCGAUGAUAACGACGAGUACCACAAUGGUGAACAAUCUUAUCAACCAACCUCGCCAUCAUUUCUUAAAUCUAUGAUGGAAAAGUUUGGAUCGAGUCCAACAAAAACCAUUUCCAACAAAACCAUGGAAAAUGCUCUUGAAGAUCUUGACGACAUUGUUGAAGACAAACUAAGCAAACGCACUAAUAGUGUAAGUUCUAAUAGCAAUACCACCAGUUCUGGAACACAUCAAAAGAGCUCCAGUUUAGGCUCUUCCAGAUUUUUUAAACUAUCCAGGAAAAAUUCUUUGAUUUCUGCAUCUCAACAUUCUGUGGGCACAAAUGGCUCUGGUAUUAAUAGCAACGGGUUGGGUGUUAGUAGUGCGCUUCUCGUGGAGGAGGAGCCGACCUCCAACGCCAAUGGUGCAUUGAACUCAGGUAACUCUGGUGGCGGGUUUAUGGGACGUAAGCUAAGUUUUGCUUUCAAACGGGAUAAAGACCGUGAGAAGGAAAAGGAGUAA